CAUUCAUCGUCUCGCUUUUUGAUUUUGUUGUAUUUUAAAUAAAAAGUUAUAUGAUGUAUCAAUUUCUUAUUUAUAUCUUGAUUUAGCCAAUAAAUGGUUCAAUUAUUACAAGUUGAUUUUAUAUAAUCUUUUAAAUUUUUGCACUUCUUCUGUUUACCAUUUAUCCAGGAAGUAAAUAAAAAACUGCGAUCGUCUAACUUCUGAUUUAAAUCUCGUGUGCGGAAGAUAUUACAGGUUAUAAGUGAUACAUGAAAAAAUAUGUAAAAGUUCAACUAAAGCAAGUGCUUAAUAUAAGUGAUUUUUUUGUCAAAUUAUUAAUAAAAAAAUAUAAAGGAAAGCUCUUUCUAAAACUUCGGCCAACAUUACAGCAGACGACAUGGAGGUUGACGAUAUAGGGAAGAAAGGGAAUCUAUUAGACGAGAUGCCGCCUUUUAACUGUGAUAUGAUGACAGAGAGUACUUACGGAAGCAGUAAGGACAUCGGUGAUACUACUUUCUGUUUGGGGAAUUAUAUACCAGAUUUUAUGAAGAUGCUGUUCACGAUGCGAUCACACCACAUGCUGACGGACGUCGUCCUGGAGGUGGGAAAUGAAUUGUUUCACGUACACAAAGUUGUGUUAGCAGCUGGCAGCCCUUAUUUUAAGGCAAUGUUCACGAGUGGUCUCAAAGAGUGUGAGAUGUCACGCGUCCGCUUACAAGGCGUGUGUCCUUCAGCCAUGGCGUGGCUCGUGUACUUCAUGUACACGGGCAAAGUUAGGAUUACCGAGGUCACCGUGUGCCAACUCUUACCGGCUGCUACUAUGUUCCAGAUAUCAAAUGUCAUAGACGCCUGUUGCGCCUUCCUCGAGCGCCAACUGGACCCGUCCAACGCGAUCGGCAUUGCCAACUUCGCUGAACAACACGGCUGCAUUGACUUGAAGAAUAAGGCCAACCAGUUUAUUGAGAGGAAUUUUAUACAAGUAUGUCAAGAAGAAGAAUUUCUUCAGUUGACUGCGCCAGAAUUGAUAUGCCUCAUACGGAAAGAUGAACUCAAUGUCCGAGAGGAGAGAGAAGUGUACAAUGCUGUGUUGAGUUGGGUAAAAUACGACGAGGACAAAAGGUAUCCCCGUAUGGAGCAUAUCCUCCAAGCGGUGCGAUGCCAGUACUUGACGCCGAGCUUUCUCAAGGAGCAAAUGAGCACGUGCACGGUGCUCAAGAAGGUGCCCGCCUGCAGGGAAUACCUUGCUAAAAUAUUUCAGGAUCUGACGUUACACAAGAAAUUAGUGGUAAAAGAGCGGAGGCCGAACACGCCGCGUAUAAUAUAUGUGGCUGGGGGAUACUUCAGGCAUUCUAUAGAUAUGUUCGAAGCGUUUAACUUGGAUGAUAACUGUUGGACCACGUUACCAAGACUCACUGUGCCUAGAUCUGGAUUGGGAGCCGUGUUUUUAAAGGGAUUUUUCUACGCGGUGGGGGGACGCAACACAUCACCCGGCUCGUCGUACGACAGCGACUGGGUAGAUGUGUACAACCCCGCUACGGAGCGCUGGCGACCAUGUAGCCCCAUGUCCACCCCUAGGCAUAGGGUAGGUGUCGCAGUGAUGGAUGGAUUGCUGUACGCUGUGGGGGGUUCUGCUGGAUCUGAAUAUCAUAAGUCUGUCGAAUGUUACGACCCAGAGAAAGACGCGUGGACGUACGUAGCGUCCAUGGGCAGUGCGCGUCUCGGCGUGGGCGUGGCCGUAGUCAACCGGCUGUUGUACGCAGUGGGCGGGUUUGAUGGCGCGAGACGUGUGCGCUCUGUGGAGUGUUACCAUCCGGAGAAUAACUGCUGGACUGAAGUCGCGCCUAUGAGCGUGGCUAGGAGCGGUGCGGGCGUGGCAGCCCUGAACCAGUACAUCUACGUGGUGGGCGGGUACGACGGCACGCAGCAGCUGUCCGCGGUGGAGCGCUAUGACACGGAGCGCGACGCGUGGGACAGCAUCGCGCCCGUGCCCGUCGCUCGGUCCGCGCUCUCGCUCACCGUGCUGGACAACAAGCUGUACGCCAUGGGCGGCUACGACGGAGCCGCGUUCCUCGACAUCGUGGAAGUGUACGACCCGGUGACGGACAAGUGGGAGAGUGGGACCCCGCUAACAUCGGCGAGGUCCGGCCACGCGUCUGCAGUGUGCUACCAACACGUAGCCCCGCUAGAGAGCGAGACCAAACCCGCAGUACUCAAAAAACUGAACAAACGAACACGCUCGCCUCAAGCCACCUCCUCACAUACAGAUGACGUGCCCAUGCCGGAUAACAUCAUACGGACGUUGUCUACGUCACGGGGUCAGUUAUAACCCGACUGAAAGGACAUAGAACCCGACGGGGAAUGUGCAGUGAAUGUGAUCAUGUCUAUAAGGACAGUUAUAGUGUGUAGUGAAUGCAAUCGUAUGUUGUCCAACUCCUAAGGACAGUUAUAACCCGACCAGGGAUAGUGAGCAGUGAUAAUGGUCAUAUAUCCACCUAACAAAUUACAAUUAUAAUUUAGAAAAGGAGAAAUUGUAAUCCUGAUAGUGCAUGCAGUGACUAUUACAUGUUGUCCACCUCCUAGAGACAGUUAUAACCCGACCAGGGAUAGUGCACAAUAUACAGAUACAACCAGUAGGGAAACUUCAUACAACACGUUCGAAAUGGCUCACGCACACAAGCAAGCGUGUUUAAGAGAAUUGUAAGGAUAUUUAUGACAAUUGUUGACGGAUAUAAGAACUACUGGUUUUAUUUGUCUAUUCU